AUGGCUACCGAAACUGUUCCUGCUACCAAUGGCACCUAUCACAGCCAUCACCAGGCAAAUCCCUAUACCGUAGACCCUUAUGCGGCCUCUCACCCUGCGGCAACCGCCUCCAACGCACAGUACGUUGCUCAGCAGGCCAACACCUCCACACAAGCUCCCGCCGCUUCCAACGACUCCAAGAAUGAUAUUCCAAAGGACGAGGUUGGCUGGUUCUUCGUUGAACAGUACUAUACCACCUUGAGCCGUUCCCCGGACAAGCUUCACCUCUUCUACUCGCGCAAGUCCCAAUUUGUCUCGGGAGUCGAGGCCGAGAAGGUCAACGUCGCCGUUGGUCAGAGAUCAAUUAGAGAGCGCAUCGAGGUGCUGGACUACAACAACUGCAAAGUACGCGUCUUGAACGUUGACUCUCAAGCUUCCUUUGACAACAUCCUCGUUGUUGUCAUCGGUGAGAUGUCCAAUAACUUGGAGGCUCCUCGCAAGUUCGUUCAGACCUUCGUCCUGGCCGAACAGCAGAACGGUUACUAUGUCUUGAAUGACAUCAUCCGAUACUUGAACGAUGAUGAUGAGGAGAUGGUUGCUGAGGACGGUCCAGCCGUUGAGGAACCCCCAGUCGAGCAAACCGAGGCUGCUACCGCUGCUGAUGUUGCUGCUGAUGUUGCUGCUGAUGUUGCCCCGGCUCCCGAAGAAGCCACUGACCGCCAGGCUGAUAACGAGGCGGCUGCUCACGAGGUCGAUGUGCUGCUCCAAAAGGAGGCUGUCAACGGCGAUAUCAACGUUGAAAACCCCGAAAAACAGGAGCCAGAACCUGCUACUGUUGCCGAAGAAGAACAAAAGGAAGACGUUAAUGAAGAACAACCAGCUGCUGCCGCCGUUCUUCCAGUCUCCUCUGAUGCUAUCCAGCCCGAGAAGCCAAAGGGACCAGACCCUUCCCCAGCCAUCGGUACUCCAAAGGCUCCUACUCCCGCUCCGGAGAAGAAGGCCGUUGCUGUGCCUCCAGUUAAGCCAAUGAGCUGGGCCUCAGUCGCCGGAAACCGCACUGGCAACACUCCGGCCCCCGCCGUUCCAGUUGUCACCCCCGCUCCCGCUGCUGCAGCUGCCCCUGUCGCGUCUGCCCCGGCUCCUGCUCCUGCUCCUGCUGCUACUGCUCCAACCAAGACUCAGCAGUCUACUCCCACUACGUCUGAGGUUGGAAACGAGAAUCAGCCUCCAUCCAACUCCGAAUGGCAGACCGCCGGUGCCGAACAUGGCAGAAGACAGCCACGUCAACAUACCCCUUCCCAGGCCGAAGGGGUCCUCGGAUAUGUCAAGAAUGUUAAUGAGAAGGUCGAUGCUAGCCUCCUCCGUCAGACUCUCUCCCGUUUCGGUAAACUAAAGUACUUUGACGUUAACCGUCAACGUAACUGCGCGUUUGUUGAAUUCAGCGACUCAGCAGCCUACAAGGCCGCCGUUGCCGCAAACCCUCACACCAUCGGCACCGAACAGAUCACUGUCGAAGAGCGCCGCCCUCGUGCCAGUGCCUAUGGUGGCAAUGCAGGCUAUACCGGACGUGGUGGUGCUGGCCGUGGUCGUGGUGACCGUGCCGGCGGUCAGGGCCGUGGCGGUUUCCAAAAGGACUCCGGUCGUUACAAUAACCCCUCUGGUCGCGGUAGCCGUGGCGGCAGCGCCUCUGGAAGCGGCAACGUCACUCCCAAGGGUCGUGGCCAGCCACAGGCUGUCUGA